UGGCUCGAUCCGAGGAAUCCGAAGCAACGCCAACUUCAGAUUUGCAAGGCCUAGCGCCUUCGGGCCUUUGAUCCAACCCCAAAGCUCUUUCGGAAGCGAUGCCGUGGCCAUGGUCCGCCAGCCCCGCACCGCCGCCGCCGCCAGGCCCCACGCCAGUCCAGGCAGAGGUGGUCGCAGUGCUCCCAGCUUCCCCCCCGCCUCCGCCAGAAGAGGUGCGGCCUUCUGCGCCGCCUGCCCCUGACAGGUUCCCAGCGCUGGAGCAGCGCAGUGUGGAGGAGCUGCAACAGUUGCAGGCCAACACCACGGCAGCGGAGGACCUCAUCCUGGAGCAUGCCUCCGUCCAGGACUUGGCGAAGAAGCUUCAGGCUGCCCGAGAGGAGAACAAGCAGCUGGCAGACUGCAUCUUGAGGUCUGAGCCUGCUGUGAACGAGGUGUCCAGCGCGUACGAGGCAGCCACCGAGGAGCUGCGGAACCUGAAGGCGUCCGUAGAGGCGCUGGGCCAACAGCGCGCGGAGAUCCUCAAGAGGCGGAGCCCGCAGCAGCUGGGAGCCCAACUCAACGCGCAGGCCCAGCAAGCGGAGGGCCAGGCGGAGGAGAUGUUGCACCAGGCUCUGCAGAAUCCCGCGCUGGAUGCAGCGGGGUUUUCGCAGUUCAGGCAGCAGUUUAUGCAGCAGAAGAUGGAAAAGCAUCUCCGGCUCGCGCUGAAGUCCUCCCUGGAGCCGCCUGGCGAUGGAUUCUCCGCUUGUGGCGGGUCGGCCUGAGGCCUCGCUGGAUGCCUCGCUCGCGGUGAGGAGCCUGGGCUGAGAGGGCCGGCCACCUCGCCGCCUCUGAGCCGAAACGGGUCAAUCAAAUUGGCCAGCUCAGCUUUUGCAUCAAACUCUAUGGUUUCCACUUCAC